AUGAAUCUCACGUACAUACUCACCAAGAAUGUCGUCAGCGUGGACCCCAAUUCGCUGGUAACGCCAGAUCGCAACUACGGUCCACUCGGCACAGUCGUGGUGUCAGCGAUACUUGUAGCCAUUAUAGCCGUGACUUUGUUUAUGAAUUCGCUGAUAAUCCUCGCGUUUUGUACAUCCAGACACGUCCGUAAGAUAAACAACUACUUCUUUUUCAGCCUGGCACUCACCGAUAUAUUGAUGGCUGUGCUUGUUAUGCCAUGGAUGGCCACGGAACAGUUAUUGGGUACGUGGAUGUUCGGUAAAGAGCUGUGCUUAGUUUGGUUAUGUGCUGACUAUUUUCUUUCAUCGGCAUCUGUGUUCAAUAUGACAUUCAUUUGUAUCGACAGAUAUCUGAAUAUCGUUCACCCUUUGUCUUAUCCAGCUAGCAGGACACCGAAACGGAUUAUUGCCAUGAUUGUAGCGGCGUGGGUUCUAGGAUUGCUCGCCGAGUUACCAGCCACGCUUUUAUGGGAACCGAUCGGACAAAAGAGCGUGAUCAACUACACGCAUACAUGUGACGUUGAAUGGGUUGACAAUGUUUACUACAACGUUCUCAGCACGACCUUGACGAUUUUCGUGCCGUUUAUCGUCAUGACGGUGUUGUACUCCCGCAUGUAUUGUGCCGUGGAACGGAGUUUACGCUGGAUUAGGAAACAUUCUGUCGCCGGGUUCGAAAGCAGCGAAUCGAUAAAUCAGUCCAGUCAGAUUAAUCACCACAUUGACGAUGGUAUGCCGUCUGUGUACAAUGACUCGACGAGUAGCCAUCAAAAUACUCGCAAAUGGUCACUGGCGAGGGUAUCGCUACAGAAACCCGACAGUCACACAAAACGAAGGGGUAACAAGAAACAUCGUGUUUUAAAAGAUAAAAAAACUGCCACAACUCUUGGGAUUUUAUUAGGAUUUUUUGCGUUCUCGUGGCUUCCCUGGCAAGUACCAUAUUUAGUCAAGAUUAAAACAGAGAGUAUGUCAAAUAAUAUUACACAAGAUGAGUGGUUUGAUUAUUUUAGCAAGUUAUUUAAUCCAGAAAUUACAACAGAUGAAAGCAUGGCAGACUUCCAUUCAUUGGUCCACGAAUAUGUUAAUGAAUUGAAUUUUGAUGACUUAGAUGAUAUUAACUUGGACUGUAGUGAUUUAAACUGUCAUAUAUCUAUGGCAGAAAUAAGAAAACAUUUAACAAAAUUGAAAAAUAAUAAAACGCCUGGUCAGGAUGGAAUACCGGCAGAAUUUUGGAAACACGCCCCACAGGAUAUAUAUGAUUCGUUACAUAUUUUAUUCAAUAAUGUUUUGAACAGGGGCUUAUUUCCCAUGGAAUGGGCUUUAGGAUUAAUAACUCCAGUUUAUAAGAAAGGAUCUAAAGGUGAACCGGGAAAUUAUCGUAGUAUUAUGCUAUUAAAUACUAUUAGUAAAUUGUACAUAAGUAUUUUGGCAGAUAGACUUUCGGCAUGGAUUGAUAAUUAUUGUAAAAUAGUUGAAGUACAGAGUGGCUUUCGGAAGGGAAGGAGUACCAUGGAUAAUGUAUUUAUUCUGUCUACACUUAUUGAAAAAUAUGUAUUUCAUUUAAAAAGCCGUUUAUACUGUGCAGUUAUAGACUACGAAAAAGCUUUUGACCGUGUUCAUCAUUAUUCCCUGUUCUAUAAAUUAGCCAAGGCUGGUAUAACAGGAAGACUAUUAUCCCUAUUUUCAAUGUAUACACAUGUUCAAGCUGCUGUCAAAACACCAAUUGGGGUCACAGAAUUUUUCAAAAUAAACGUAGGUUUGCAACAAGGGUCAGACAUAUCACCACUAUUAUUCUGUUUUUAUGUUAACGAUAUUGAAAAUGCACUUUCACAAGGGGUUGAGACUGUUGUAUAUUCCAAUACUUUGAAACCUAUGUAUUUACUUUAUGCAGACGAUCUCGCGCUUUUUAGCAGUUCUCCUAUUGGUUUACAGCGUUUGUUAGAUAGAUUGGCUGAUUAUUGUUACAGUAGCAGACGGAGAUUGAAUGUAAAUCUGAAUAAAUCUAAAAUUAUUGUAUUUCGGAAGGGAGGGAGAUUAAAACAAGUUGAGAAAUGGUUUUGGAAAGGAGGAGAAAUAGAAGUUGUCUCAAGAUACAAAUUAUCUCGGUGUAAUUUUCUGUAG